UCCGACACGGAAGCGUCGGCGGUCCCGAGGAUCUUGUUUUUGCCUGAAAAGCCGAUUGUUUUCGAGUUUUCAGACCAUAACACACGCUUGUCUAUUUGUUAUUUUAUCACUCGUUUGAAAUACAGUAUUUAUUUGCUUUAAAAUAACACCAACAUGUCUUCAGAGGAGUUGGAAAAGCUGCACGAGAUGUUUAAAUCUCUGUAUGACGAAGUGAAGUUGAUGCCUGAACUGGUUCAGAGGUGCCAAGGAGAGGAAAGGAAGAGGAUGGUCAGAGUCUUUGAUGAGCGUAUUGGAGAGGCUGAAGAAGUGCUUCAGGGCAUGGAACAGGAGCUGUUUGGCGCUCCAGCUUCCUUCCGGACCCCCAUGUCUACAAAGAUUCGAAUGUACCGUAGAGAUUUGGCCAAACUGCAGCGAGACAUAAGGAGCUCAGCUGGAGCAUCUGGGUUCUCCGGUUACCUUGGGGACAGCAAACAAGGAAUUUACACAGAACAGAAUGACCAGAGUACUCAUCUUCAGUCCCAGCGUGCUUUGCUCAUACAGGGGACAGAUUCUCUCAAUAAUGCCUCAAAGAGCAUUGAGCGCAGUCAACGUAUCGCUGCAGAGACGGACCAGAUUGGCACGGACAUCAUUGAAGAGCUAGGAGAACAGAGAGAACAAUUGGAUCGCACCAGAGACCUACUGGUUCACACCGGUGAGAACCUGAGCCGCAGCCGGAAAAUCCUGCGUGCAAUGUCUAGGCGACUGAUGACUAACAAACUGCUAUUGGCAGUCAUUAUCAUCAUGGAAGUGGCCAUUCUAGGGGCUGUGGUCUACCUUAAGUUCUUCCGCAAAUAGGCAAUAAGGCUGUUAAAGACUACUCUACAUCUUCUUCUUAUUCCUGAUGUUCACUGGUGUCUGGCCUGGUGACAGUGUGCUGGAAACCUUUGUGAAUCAGUGUCACAUGGACGAGUGUGGGCAUUUAUUUUAAGCACUAAACUAUAUUAGCAUAAGUACUGCUCUCAAUGGUGGGAAUGAAGAUGAUGACAUCCAUCUAUGGUACUAUCAGACUGCUGAGGGAUCAAGACCUGAUCUGGAGAGGAGAGGAUGGCUUAACCCCCUUAGCUGUCUUGAAUAAGGUGCAAAACUGGCACAAUGUCAAGUGGAUGGUUGGACAGAUGGCUGGUAUAAAUGAACGAUCUAGUGAAAGGAGUGAAAAUGUAUAUAAAUGCAUAGUAUCUGCAUUUUUACUAUACCUCAACCACGUUCACUAAUGAAACAAAGUAACUUAACUUUUUUAAUGAAAUGUGAUUUUGAAAUUUCAACAAUUAUGUUGUAAAUUUGACUUUUUGUAGUCUAAACAUGGUAUUAAAUGUAACUGCUCCAGGGUUAUGUCCUUGAAAGAGGGUGGGUGUGUAUUGGAAUGACAGCAAUAAACAUGCACGUCACUUGCUUCAUAAGCCCUGGUUGGAGGGGAAAGGGGUGUGUUUGGCCAUUUAUGAUAAGGGUGUAGACUGUAGCGUAAACAUCACUGAGAAUAAAGUGGCAGUAACACCUGUUACAGCAUAUAUAAUAAAGCCCAGCACUAUCAGGUCACCUUGACUUACUAACCAUUUGCCAGCUGUCUGUUGUUAUUUGUAGUCAUGUUAGGGCAAAACAGUAGACGUAUCAGUGGAGGCCUGAGCAGUCAUGUGCCGCAGGAUGGUACACCACUAGGGCAUGUGAUGUCAUAAUGGGGAUUAUGAACGGUGCAUUGUAGGUUAAUCAAGUGUUCAGGCCUUUUCAAAUCAAUAAUAAGCCCAAGUUAAACAAGUACUUUGUUUUUUAUAGCAAAUUCAUGUUUAAGAUGAGUGUUUUUUUUUGUGUGUGUGUGUUCUUGGUAAAUUCUGUAUUUGUAGUUUAUAAGUGCUGCUUAAUGCAAGGAUCACUGUUGCCCCAAACUAAGGGUUAGGAAUUUAAACAAACCCAUAAUGCCAAGUGUUAAAGACAAAACUUGUACUGCAUUUUCACCUGUAUUUAUCCCAUUCGUAGUAGUGACAUGAAUGACAUCAUAAAUCGCACAGCUUGUUGUGGAGAGGUGCACUAAUACUUUUCUAAGUAUAUAAGACUUAAAAUCAUCUGGCAGACCAUAUAACGGGUGAAUAAAAACCAAUAGACUUGAAUUCUAAGAGGCACCAGAGCCAUAUCUAUGGACCAGAAUGUCAGAGUCUUAAAGGUAGGCACUUUUGCCUUUAAAUUGUAAGAUAGCACUGAAAACACCCUUGCUUCUCCACAGCAACAUGCUUAAAACACAAAGAAAAAAACAGCAAAAAAUUUUCCUCGGAC